AUGGCUGCUCCUCAAGGUUACCCUCUGCUGUGCUUGGAGAACCCUCUCCUUGACAUCCAGGCUCGUGGUGAUGCCGCUUUGCUCGAGAAAUAUGGUCUCAAGGACAACGAUGCUAUCCUUGCCGAGGAGCAGCACAUGGGCAUCUAUGAGGACCUCCUCUCCCGUGACGCUAAGCUGAUCCCUGGUGGCGCUGCCCAGAACACCGCCCGUGGUGCCCAGUACAUGCUCCCGGACAACUCCGUUGUCUACAUUGGCUGUAUCGGCAAGGACAAGUACGGCGACAUCCUCAAGAAGACCUGUGAGGAGGCUGGUGUCCACACCGAGUACCGUGUUGAUGAGGCUCAGCCCACUGGCAAGUGUGGUGUUGUCAUCACUGGUCACAACCGCAGCAUGUGCACUCACCUCGCUGCCGCCAAUGAGUACAAGAUUGAGCACCUGAAGCAGCCCCAGGUCUGGUCUCUCGUCGAGAAGGCUCAGGUCUACUAUGUCGGUGGCUAUCACCUGACUGUUUGCGUUCCCGCUAUUCUGGCUCUUGGUGAAGAGGCUGCUGCCAAGAACAAGAUCUUCAUGCUCUCCCUCUCGGCCCCCUUCAUUCCUCAAUUCUUCAAGGAACAGCUGGACAGCGUUCUGCCCUACACCGACUACACUUUCUGUAAUGAGACCGAGGCCCGUGCCUACGCUGCCAGCCACGAGUGGGGCACCGAGGACGUUGUUGAGAUCGCUAAGAAGCUCGCCCUCCUGCCUAAGAAGAACACCCAGCGCCCCAGAGUCGCCAUUGUCACCCAGGGUACCCUUCCUACUGUUGUCGGUGUUGCCUCUGCCGAUGGCACCGUCGAGAUCAAGGAGUUCAACGUUCACGAGAUCUCCAAGGAUGCUAUCAACGACACCAACGGUGCCGGUGAUGCCUUCGCUGGUGGCUUCUGCGCCGGUGUUGUUGCGGGCAAGUCUCUUGAUGAGAGCAUUGACAUGGGCCAGUGGCUGGCCAGCAAGAGCAUUCAGGAGCUGGGUCCUUCCUUCCCCUCCCCCAAGCAGACCUACUCCCGCUCUUAA